UUUCUAGAACCCGGCCCUUUUCCUUUUUCAGACCCGGCCCUUUUUGGGACCCGCCCGCACACCUGUAAACAGCGUUUUUACAGCCCCCGGUCUGCAGAAUGAGCGACGCCGACCCCGUGCCUAAACCACAGGACAUCCAGCCGCCGGCCACGUCCAGCGACGGCGAGCUCCGGGCCCAGUUUGCCUCGACCGGCAUCGUGGCCCCGCCCCCCUCAAACAUCCAGCCGCAGACGUCCCCGCUUCUCUCGCUGACGCCGCCCACCGUGGCCAAGGCACUCAUCCGAGCGUACCCCUACUUGCUCAUCGUGAACAAGACCUUGCUGGUGGCCACGUGGACAAACGACGACUACUGGGUCAACGUGGUGCUGAUGUUGGCCUACACCUUGGCCGUGCUCUACUUCGAGGCCUUGGUCACGUGGACCGGCCACCUCUUGCUCGUGCUUGUGGUGGUGUUGUACUCGCUUCUCAACAGCAAGAUCCUCGAGGAGACAAGCUUGCGCCCCACGCUAGACGACGUGGUCCAGGCGCUCACCGCCACCUGCAUCAAGGCCGACUUGUUGCUCAGCCCGGUGACCGCCAUGGCCUUGACGUCCUACGACAUCAAGCGGCUCCUCUUCACCACGGUGUUCUUGACGCCGCUCUACUUGGUCGCCACGUUCUUGCUCAUCAGCCCGCGCUCCGUGCUCUUGCUCAUCGGCUUGUUUCUCCUUUCGUACCACCUGCCCCACAUGUGCGUCACUCGCAAGCUCGUGUGGAAGUUGAAGAUCUCGCGUGUGCUCUGCUUCUACUUGACCGGCUUGGACUUCUCGCAAGCGAAAAACAACUCGCUCUUUGCCGCGGCCUUUGCCAAAGUGCACAAGACGGGCGUCUCGCCCUCCGCCGCGGGCCUGGACGGCUCGAAGCCGGUCAGGUUCACCUACGUCAUUUACGAGAACCAGCGCCGCUGGCUAGGAAUCGGAUGGACGUCCAACUUGCUCACCUACGAGCGCGCGCCGUGGACCGACGAGUUCUUGAACGAGUCUUCGUCCACUGACUCGUUCGAGUUGCCCAACGCGGACUCCAGCUUUUCCCAGCUGCAACAGGACUUCCAGCUGCACUCGGCCAUCUCCGGCGCCCGCUGGAGGUGGGUGGACAAGACAUGGCGCUUGGACCUCACCAAUGAUGGUGCCAUUGUGCUUCCCUCGAGUAAGCGCUCCAAAACAACGGUGAAACCCACCAACGACGAGGGCUUCAUCUACACCGACAAUGUGUGGAAAAAGCCCACCACCGACGACUCCUACUCGAAGUACACCCGCCGCCGGAGAUGGAUCAGAACCGCCGAGUUGGUGUUCGAUUCGGCGACUGCCCAUGUUAGCGACGGCUCGCCCUCCACAUUUUCCACCUCCGUUGCAAACUCUUCCCCAGAUCUCACCAGAAAGAGAAAAAGCUUGAGGUUUGCCGAUGAGGACGAACAUAAAGAAGUGCCAGAUGCAAUUGAAACCGACGUGUCGGAAGAGAAACGACCUCUGCAUAGCACGAGUGCUAAGAAGAACGACUGAUCUUCAAGAAGAAGCCAAAAAUGCGCUCAUUCAUGCAAUGGCGACUAAUGAGAUCCUGUAUUUAUUCUACUAUAUGAUUGAUGAAUUCCCGAAUACUUUCGUUAGCUCUAAUCACAUCGAAGA